AUGGAACUGAGCAAUCAAACCCUGGUGACAGAGUUUGUUCUACAGGGUUUUUCAGAGACACCUCAACUCCAGCUCUUCCUAUUUAUGUCUUUCCUCCUUCUUUACCUCGUGGCCCUCAGUGGCAAUGCACUCAUUGUCAUGGCCAUCAGUCUGGACUCAAAUCUCCAUACCCCCAUGUAUUUUUUCCUUGCCAACUUGGCCAUAAUAGACAUAGGCUGCACAUCUGCGGUUCUGCCCAAAUUGCUGGAGAACCUCAUUGUGGAGAAAAAAUCUAUUUCAUAUAAUGGCUGCAUGACUCAGUUAUAUUUCUUCUCUUGUUUUCUGGGGACUGAGCUUCUGCUCUUCACAGCCAUGGCUUAUGAUAGGUAUGUGGCCAUCUGCCACCCCUUACAUUACAGUACCAUGAUGAACAAGAUGGUUUGUUUGUUCCUAGUGGGUAGCGUAUGGGCCACUGGCACUCUCAGCUCAUCACUACAAACUGGCCUGAUGGCACGAUUAACCUUCUGUGGUCCCAACAAAAUUAAUCAUUUCCUGUGUGAAGUCCCCACUUUGCUACUGCUCUCUUGCAGCUCCACAUAUGUGAACAACAUCAUGAUAGUCAUUGCAGAUGUGUACUUUGGAGUUGUCAGUUUUGUGCUCACUGUGGUGUCCUAUGGCUUCAUCAUCUCCAAUAUCCUCAAGAUCCGCACCACAGAGGGGAAGAAGAAAGCCUUCUCUACCUGCUCCUCUCACCUCCUGGUGGUCACCAUAUAUUAUUCCACAAUCACAUAUACUUACAUGCUUCCAGGCUCCAGUUCUUCAAUGGAUAAUGGCAAAGUGGUGGCUCUCUUGUACACCACAGUCAGUCCCACCUUAAACCCUCUCAUCUACACACUGAGGAAUAAGGAUUUUAAAGCAGCCCUCAGAAUAUUUCUAUCUAUUUGGUAA